UUGUGCAGUCGUGAUGCAAUAUUUGUUUGAUACUGUAGAGCUCUCCCUCGUGUCCCAACAAUGGAGCCGCCACUCUGCCAAACAGGCAGACCACUAACCCUAUCACUCCACCACCACCUCCUCCUCCUUCUCUUCUCCGUCCUCCCCACCGCCGGAGCUCGCUCUAACUACCCCUGCAAGCCCCCGCACUUCAACUCCUUCUCAUUCUGCAACACCUCCCUCCCCAUUCCCGACCGCUCUCGCUCCCUCAUCUCCCUCCUCACCCUCCAAGAGAAGAUCCAGCAGCUCUCCAACACCGCCGCCGCCGUCCCACGUCUCGGCAUCCCUCCCUACGAGUGGUGGUCCGAAUCCCUCCACGGCCUCGCCGGGAAUGGCCCCGGCGUGCGCUUCAACGGCUCCAUCUCCACCGCUACCGUUUUCCCCCAAGUCAUCCUCUCCGCCGCCUCCUUCAAUCGCACACUGUGGCGAGCCCUAGCUCGCGCCAUUGCCGUUGAGGCUCGCUCGAUGUACAACGCUGAGCAAGCAGGGCUCACGUUUUGGGCUCCGAACAUCAACAUCUUCCGGGACCCUAGGUGGGGGCGCGGCCAGGAAACACCUGGUGAAGAUCCCAUGGUGGCUUCAUUUUACGCUGCUGAUUACGUCUCUAGUUUCCAGUCUCAGUCGGGAUGGAAUCCGAAUAAUUCGUUUUUGACCGGAGGAAGGAGGAUGGUGUUGGGGGAAUUGAGCGGCGAUCGUGGAUUGAUGAUGCUGUCCGCUUGUUGCAAGCAUCAUACGGCUUAUGAUUUGGAGAAGUGGAAGAACUUCACGAGAUACACAUUUGACGCGCAGGUUUCCGAUCAAGACAUGGAGGAUACGUUCCAGCCACCGUUCCGGAGCUGCAUCAGAGAAGGCGGCGCUAGUUGCUUGAUGUGUUCGUAUAACCAAGUUAAUGGCGUCCCGUCCUGCGCUCGCGGAGAUCUGCUGACGGAAAUAAGACAACAAUGGGGAUUUGAGGGAUAUGUCACUUCGGACUGUGAUGCGGUGGCGAUAAUUUUCGAGGAUCAGAAAUACGCUCCAUCGCCGGAAGAUGCAGUUGCUGAUGUUCUAAAAGCUGGGAUGGAUAUCAAUUGCGGCAAAUAUUUGCUCAAUCAUACUGAAUCAGCCGUAAAGCUUGGAAAGGUGAAGGAGGAGGAGAUCGACCGAGCACUACUCAAUCUGUUCUCUGUUCUCUUCCGGCUCAAGCUUUUCGACGGAGAUCCGGCGAAACAGAAGUACGGGGAACUUGGAGCUGGCGAUGUGUGCACUAAAGAACACAGGCAACUAGCUGUCGAAGCUGUGAAACAGGGUGUGGUUCUUCUGAAGAAUGAGUUAGGGUUUCUGCCAUUAAGAAGGAGCAAUGUAGCUUCCAUGGCUUUGAUUGGUCCUGCUGGAAACAGAUCAGAGGUUCUGGGCGGCGGCUACAGCGGCGUUCCCUGCGAUCCCAAGACGUUGCUUGAUGGGCUGAGAGAGUUCGUGCCGGACACCGCUUUCGCCGCCGGCUGUGCCAACACCUCCUGCGUGAUUGCGGACGGAUUGAAAGAGGCGGUUCAAGUGGCACAAGCGGCGGAAGUUGUCGUUGUGAUUGUGGGUCUGAAUCUUACGGAAGAAACCGAGGACCAUGAUAGGGUGAGCUUGCUGCUUCCAGGGAAGCAGGAGGAGCUCGUUCGUGCUGUUACCUCUGCAAGCAAGAAGCCUGUGAUACUGGUGCUUAUGGGAGGAGGUCCUCUUGAUGUUUCCUUUGCGAAAGAUGAUUCCAUGAUUGGCGCCAUUAUAUGGAUUGGAUAUCCUGGUGAAGUCGGAGGGCAGGUGCUUGCAGAGGCUCUCUUUGGUGAUUUUAAUCCUGGCGGGCGGUUGCCGGUGACUUGGUACCCCGAAUCUUUCACCGUCGUUCCGAUGAACGACAUGAACAUGAGAGCCGAUCCUUCGAGGGAUUACCCGGGCCGAACCUAUCGAUUCUACACCGGAACGGCUGUUUAUGAGUUUGGUUAUGGCUUAAGCUACUCCAACUACACCUACAAAUUCUUAUCAGCUCCAACCAGAAUAAGAUUGAAGAAUUCCUCUACCAAAGCUCUCAUGAAUGAGGAGAUUGAUUAUCUCCACAUUGAUGAGAGAACACCAUGUGAGGACUUGAAGUUCAGUGUGAAGAUCUCAGUGGCGAACAAUGGAGAUAUGGAUGGAAGCCAUGCUGUGUUGUUGUUUGACAGAUCUGUUGCAAGGAUUAGAGGGUCGCCAAGGAGGCAACUGGUUGGGUUCAAACGCGUUUUCAUUGCCGGUAAUGGCGUCGCCACUGUUGAAAUUUUGGUAGAUCUUUGCGGGCAGAUGAGCUCUGCGAAUGAGAAAGGCGAGCGUGUUUUAGUGCUGGGUGGUCAUAUAUUGAUGGUGCAUAAUGCAGAACAUGAAUUGGAUAUUUGCAGGUGAAGUGAAGAAGAUGAUUUUAGGUGUGAUUUAGUGUUUAA